AUGACAGAAGAUGCAGAUACAAUCGUUGAUGUACACUAUAAUGGGAUGUUCACACCCACCUUAUUGAUGUAUUUUGAUGGAGUAAAAGCCUCUGUACCAUACAUGAUUGUGAACAAGACGAACUUCCUUGAUUUCAUCCCCUUUCUUGAAAAGCUUACUAACGGAAGAUGCAGAGAUGUGUAUUACUGUCUACAUGAAGAGGAAGAAACAGACCUUGAAGAUGAUGAUUUGGUUUCUAUUGAUGAUGUUGACUCCAUUUUAGAAGAUGGUCUGAAAGUUGAACAUGUAGAGGAUGAUGAAGUUAUAUCUCUCAAAAGAAACUUCAAUGAUCAAUUCCUCAACAAACUUUGUCCAAUACAGAAUGAUGACUUGGUUGAAGAAGAUCAUAAUGCAAUACGACCUAUCUACCCAAGACAUGAUCAUACUCAGGAAUGGAAUGAGAUGAAGCCUCGAUUAGGUAUGAAAUACUCUACUACUGCUGAACUUAAAUACUCUCUUAGUUGCUAUGUUGUAGCAAAUGGUCAUGAUUUGUGGAAUGCAAAAAAGUUAGCAUUGUCUGAAGUUGAGGGAAGUUUGAAAGAACAUUAUGCCAAAUUGUGGGAUUAUGCACCUGAAAUCAGAAGGGCAAAUCCAGGUGUUGUGGAUGGCUGGUUAGAUGGAUGCAGAAAGUCGAAUUUUGAGAACAAAAGGACAUGGAAAUGGUUUUUGGACAACCUGAUGGAAGAAAUUGGAGGGGGGAAUGGUCAUGACAUUACAAUCCUCUCAUAUGGCCACAAGAAGGAAACCAGUGAUAACAAUGUUGGAGGACAUAAGAUGUUGGGCAAUGCAGAGGUUAUGGAUGCAGAAGAGAAAAGGUUUGAGUUGGGAUUUGGACAUAUGCCUAAGUAUCAGAAUGGAGAUAGAGGAUUUGAAAGAAUUGCAAAGAGGUCAUGUGGAUGUAGAAGUUGGCAACUCACAUGCAUUCCAUGUGUACAUGCCAUAUCAACAAUUUCAUCAUUGAACCUAGAUGUGGAGGCUUUUGUAUCAAACUCCUAUACUAAAGCCUCUUUACUUAGUAGCUAUAAGUAUAACAUCCACCCACUCAAUGACAGUUCUGAGUGUCCACAUGUUGAAGGACUUCAUACUAUUUUGCCUCCAUUAAGGAGGAGGGUACCUGGCAAGCCAUGUGUCAAAAUGAAAAGAGAUCAGACAGAAACAGAGUUAAGUGGGCACACAAGGGAUACUGUGCCAAGGGCAUGCAUUCCUAUAAGAUGUACUAUUUGCCACCAAACUAGCCACAACAAAGCCACGUGCCCAAGUAAGCCAACUCCAACUCCAAGCACAACAGGUCAAAGUUAA